CAAAAUUAAUAUUUUAGUCUCUGUGUGUUUUUAAGUAAUUUACAUAGUUUUUAGGUUUAUUUUAUAAUAUCCAAACAAUGCCCGGAAUAACACUAAGUGGUGAAACUAUUCAUUCAGAAGAAUGUCAUGAGAGUCGAUCGAAUGUUGCUGACAAAGUCUCAAAAGUUGAGUCCAACGAAGGCGGAACGCGGGACGAUAAAGAUGCUGAGAAUAAAGAUAUCAUCCCAUAUCAGGAGGGCGAAGAGAUAAACUUACAACCCAAGCUAGUCAAGACGAUAUAUAUGAACUACUUGCGGGACUUUCAACUCUGUUUCCACCAGUUCGAUGGCACGGAUAUGUUAAAAAAUGCAGCAGUAUUGUGGAAUAAAUUGAACGAUAGCCAGCGGAAGCUCUUUAACGAUAAAGAUUACGAGUAUGGAAAGGCGGUUCAGAUUUUAUACGACUGCCACUGCGAUCGUAACUUCGAGGAUAACAUUAAUUCGGCUAAUAAUUUGAGAUCAUUGGAGAGCAGCACCAGCUGUGGCGAAACCACCGCAACAUACAGUACAGGCAGCAAUACGAGCCCAGGAUCGAGCACCUCCAGCAGCAGAGACGAGAAUAAAGAGGAAGAAAAGGACGAGGAAAACAGUCACGAUACGGAUGACGGUUCAGAUAGUAAUGUGUGUUGUCCCCACGACUAUACUCAAGAUGGUUGUUGUCCGGUUAAAAAGAAAAAACCAGCCUGCAAGAAGAAGCCGGCAUGCCCAAAACCCAAGCCUAAAUGCCCUAAGAAAAGGAAGCCGCGAUGUCCCAGACCGAAACCGCGGUGCCCCAAACCCAAACCGAAAUGUCCAAAAAGAAAACCCCGUUGUCCCAAAAAAAAGAAGCCCCGUUGCCCCCGAAAAAAGCCUCGCUGCCCCAAACCAAAGCCGCGUUGUAAGCCCAAAAGGAAGCCGGCUUGUAAGCCAUGCUGUGGAUAAGAAACGACAGAGAACCUAUCAGAGACAUGUUUUAUUUUAUUUUAAAGGAGAUACUUGACAUUCAGCUUGUGUUAGCUAAAUCAUCAAAAAGAACUCUUAAAAUAUAUGACGAUCCGACAAUAACAAUUAUAAGAAAAAAGACAACGUUUACAUAAAAGGAUACUACUUUUUAAAAAUUUACCAACUCCAAA